GUCACUGAGCCCCCGCCAACGCGCCUCGCUCCUUGGCACUCGGCAGCGCUGUUUACAAGUUAGGCUGUUUUUUUUUGUCUUUGGUUCUAGAACAGAACUGCUCAGAUUUAAAGACUGGGAGCCUGAAGAGGGAGGUGGCAAACAGGAGACCGUAGUCUUGGUUGGGAUGAGGCAAGAAUGAAAAGUGUGGCAUUUAAAGGGUGGAGAAAGCCUCGAACUAUUGCUUUGCACCAAAUCUUUGAGAAUUCUUAAUCUUCCUCUCAUUGCCCAAUAGGAUGGGAAACAAGGGUAGGUGAGGGUGGGGGCGAAGGUAGAGGCAAUCUCCCAGGAAGGGCUUUUUGUGGGGGCUGGGUGGAGACCCCAGCCCUUUUCAGGCUGGCAUUAUGUUUUUGUAUUUAAAUUUGGACUAAUAAUUUGGCCUCUAGGGUCCUGGUGAGCCAGACAAAACCAGCCUCGGGCCUGCUCCCACACACUUUCAGAGGGAAAGUAGUUUAGACCUGUGUGUCUAAACCAGGGAAGGAAAGAGGUCCUCUGAGGGGAGGGCCGGAUGGUGUGUUUGUGCAUGUUUGGAGGCUGGAGUCUUGGUGCUGCGUUGGCAGGCUGGGUGUUUUUAUGGUGGUAGCUGCUCACUUGCAAAUACGAACUCCAGUGCUGGUGUUGCAUAUCGGCUUUGUGACUUGUGCAUUCACCUCCCUCAUGCGGCUCGAAUGAGUGUGCCUUUUUGCCUGUGUGUUCCUCUAUGCCAGGGUCUGGUCGUGGUAUAAAAGCCCAUCGAUAUGCCUGGUUUGUGCCCUAUGUGCUGUUGUCAUUUCAGAGAGUGUGUGUCUCUCCAUUCUCCAGGGAGAUGUGUGUCAGACCGAGAGUCCUGGGCUUCUCAGCCUGGGCCUCGCAGCUGGGAGCGUUUACAGCCGGUUAUAAAGAGUUUGUUUGAAGCUCCGCUCAGCCUGGCCAGGAAUUUCCUCAAUUUCAGCAAUUUGGGCUUUAAAAGGAGAAAAACCUAGAGCCCACACCCCUCCUCCUCAGCAGGGGCCCCUGCCCUGGCUUAGCCAGUCCGGCCAAGGGGUUCCUGCCAUGGGCAGAAGCAGCAUCCCCGUGGUGGGUCUUAGCCCAGGGCUGAAGAGGGAGUCCAGGUGGAGUAGAUUCAGUUUGCCUUCUUGCACCGUCCACCCCCCAAUUGACCUCAGAGUCACUGGGAUGCGCUUUAGGGUUCAGGGAGCCGGGAAUGUGCCACAGGGGUGUUGAGAAUGGGUUGACAGUACCACUUAGAUGGGAAAAGCUGCCCCCAGGCCUGCCUCCCUGUGGCCUCCAGUCUUAUAAUUGGCUGACACUGCCCCAUGCUAGUCUGACCGCACCCAGACCCUUGCGUAAGAGAGGAAAUGAGGCAGCGCUCUGCGGGCAGGAGAGCGUCAGCACUGGAGUGAGCACCACCCCACGCACAGGCCCUUGGGCAGACAUGUACCCUCAGAGGACAACAUGGUGGGCCUGUGGAGAGGAGGGGAGGUCCUGAAAGAUAUCCCAGCCCUCCCCACAUCUCUUAACAGGAGCCCUUCUGGAGUCCCCUGCCCCCAGUCUUGAAUAGACCCAAGUGCCCUUCUUUCCUCCCUGCUUUCUCUCCUUUUUCAUGGGGGAAUCUCACUCCAGCAGGAUUCUUAUGUUAAUUGAGUGUGUGUGUGUGUGUGUGUUGGGGGUGGGGAGGGCUUCCCUCUCGUUGGGUGGAUGGAGCUAGGCUGGAACCUAGGCAUCCUGGACUUUCCUUCUGCCCUUCUGGCUGCAUUUGAGCAGACUUCUUACCAGGCGGGCUGCAGAGGGUUAGAAAGAAGACGUUCAUGAGCUGGGCGUAUGGGAUACUUUUUAGGGAGGUCUUAGGGUUUUCUUGCAUUAAAUCGGGCCUUCCAGGUUUGGGUAACAGGUUUUACAGGUUGAAUAAUUUAUAGAUUCUCCUAGUCUCUGAAGAUCAACCACACACACAAAAAAGAUUUACUCAGCAGCCCCCUGCAAAGAGGGUGCCCUCCACAUGCUAUCUGAGGCAUGGGCUGAGACCCCUUUUGAGCUGUGAUUGAGACACAUCCCCUCCCCCAUCAGCCCUGUAUACCCACUGUCACCUGACUUCUCUGGUUUGCUGUACCCACCCCCAACAGUUCUACACCUGAGGAUCUAAGCAAAUACCCCAGUGUCCCAUUCCCCAGCUUCUCUGCCUCAUGGGCAUUUAGAUCUAGUUAGAAGACCAGAGAACCUUGCCUCCUCCUUUUACUGGUAGUGUGGCUCUGGGCUGGCCACUUCCCUCUCUUGACCUCAGUUUCUUCAGGUGUAAAAUAAGGCCAUUGCAUAUCCCCUGACCUACCUUCCUGACAUCUAUAUCCCAUUUGCUUCACUGUUUCAGUGGCUUUUGUUGAAAAGGACAUUAGCGGUUAUUCGAGGAAUGGUAGGAGGGGUAAAAUGUCCCUGGGUAGCAUUCGGCUACCAACCAAAUCUCUGGGGCAGUUCUACUCUGUCCAAUAGGGCCGCUACGAGUCAAAAUCAGCUCAACGAAAAUGAGUUUUUUUUUUACCAACGAAAAGGAUGACGGUUGGAACCUACCCAGCAGCACUGCGAAAGAAAGUCCUGGUGGUAAUCUGUUUCCAUAAAGAUGAUAGCCAAGAAAAUCCUAUGGAGCUCAGUUCUGCUCUAACACGUGGGGUCUCCAUGAGUCUGGGGGCCGACUCGAUGGCAGCUAACAACAACAUGAGGGAGAAGCUCGAGGAUUAUCUACCCGCGGUGGAGACGCAGAGCACCAGCUCAGAGGAGAUGGUACCCAGCUCACCCUCACCUCCUCCACCUCCUCGGGUCUACAAGCCGUGCUUCGUGUGCAAUGACAAGUCCUCUGGCUACCACUAUGGUGUCAGCUCUUGUGAAGGCUGCAAGGGCUUCUUCCGUCGCAGCAUCCAGAAGAACAUGGUGUAUACAUGCCACCGUGACAAAAACUGUAUCAUCAACAAGGUGACUCGGAAUCGCUGCCAAUACUGCAGGCUACAGAAGUGCUUCGAAGUAGGCAUGUCCAAGGAAGCCGUGCGGAAUGAUCGGAACAAGAAGAAGAAAGAGGUGAAGGAAGAAGGGUCACCUGACAGCUAUGAGCUGAGCCCCCAGUUAGAAGAACUUAUCACCAAGGUCAGCAAAGCCCAUCAGGAGACCUUCCCCUCACUCUGCCAGCUGGGCAAAUACACCACGAACUCCAGUGCAGACCACCGGGUACAGCUGGAUCUAGGGCUGUGGGACAAGUUCAGUGAGCUGGCCACCAAGUGCAUCAUCAAGAUCGUGGAAUUUGCCAAGCGGGUGCCCGGCUUUACAGGGCUGAGCAUUGCUGACCAGAUCACUCUGCUCAAGGCUGCCUGCCUGGACAUCCUGAUGCUGCGGAUCUGCACGCGGUACACCCCAGAGCAGGACACCAUGACCUUCUCUGAUGGGCUGACCCUGAACCGGACCCAGAUGCACAAUGCCGGCUUCGGGCCCCUCACAGACCUCGUCUUUGCCUUUGCUGGGCAACUCCUGCCGCUGGAGAUGGAUGACACAGAGACAGGGCUGCUCAGUGCCAUCUGUCUCAUCUGCGGAGACCGCAUGGACCUAGAGGAACCUGAAAAGGUAGACAAGCUUCAGGAGCCACUGCUGGAAGCCCUGAGGCUGUACACCCGGCGCCGGCGGCCCAGCCAGCCCUACAUGUUCCCAAGGAUGCUCAUGAAGAUCACCGACCUCCGGGGCAUCAGCACCAAGGGAGCAGAAAGGGCCAUUACCCUGAAGAUGGAGAUUCCAGGCCCAAUGCCUCCCCUGAUCCAGGAGAUGCUGGAGAACCCCGAAAUGUUUGAGGACGACUCCUCGCAGCCUGGCCCUCAUCCCAAGGCCUCCAGCGAGGAUGAGGCCAUGGUAGCUUUAUCGAUGGUCAUUUGGUCCCUGUUGGCCCUGAGCAGAGCUGAGAGGGAGUUGGACACCAAGAUCCCAUCUCUAGGGGAGGCCACAGAAUGGGGGGAUCCUGACCUGUCUCUGCUGGGGUCCUGCCAGCCAGCCCCCUCCUGCCAGCAGUGCAUCCUAUCACACCCCAGCUGUGCGUGGUGCAAGCAACUGAACUUCACGGCGUCGGGGGAGGCGGAGGAGCGGCGCUGCGCAGGGCGGGAGGAGCUGCUGGCCCGGGGCUGUCCCCUAGAGGAGCUGGAGGAGCCCCGCAGCCGGCAGGAGGUGCUGCAGGACUACCCGUUCAGCCAGGGCGCCCGCGGCGAAGGGACCGUCCAGCUGGCUCCGCAGCGGGUCCGGGUCAUGCUGCGCCCAGGGGAGCCCCAGCGACUCCAGGUCCGCUUCCUCCGUGCGGAGGGCUACCCAGUGGACCUGUACUACCUCAUGGACCUGAGCUACUCCAUGAAGGACGACCUGGAGCAAGUGCGCCAGCUCGGGCACGACCUGUUGCUCAGGCUGCAGGAGGUCACCCAUUCCGUUCGCAUUGGUUUUGGCUCCUUUGUGGACAAAACGGUGCUGCCCUUUGUGAGCACAGUACCUUCGAAGCUUCGCCACCCCUGUCCCACCCGGCUCGAGCCCUGCCAGCCACCCUUCAGCUUUCACCAUGUGCUGUCCCUGACGACUGAGGCGAAGGUCUUUGAGCGGGAGGUGGGGCUCCAGAAUGUGUCUGGCAACCUGGACUCGCCCGAAGGUGGCUUUGACGCCAUUCUGCAGGCUGCAGUCUGCCAGGAGCAGAUUGGCUGGAGAAACGUGUCCCGGCUGCUGGUGUUCACCUCAGAUGACACAUUCCACACAGCUGGGGAUGGGAAGUUAGGUGGCAUUUUCAGGCCCAGCGAUGGGCGCUGCCACUUGGACAGCAAUGGCCUCUAUAGCCGCAGCCCGGAGUUUGAUUACCCCUCCGUGGGUCAGGUAGCCCAGGCCCUCUCUGCGGCAAAUAUCCAGCCCAUCUUCGCUGUCACCAGUGCCACGCUGCCUGUCUACCAGGAGCUGAGUAAAUUGAUUCCUAAAUCCACAGUUGGGGAGCUGAGCGAGAACUCCAGCAAUGUGCUGCAGCUCAUCAUGGAUGCUUAUAACAGCUUGUCGUCCACUGUGACCCUUCAACACGUUUCACCCCUUCCUGGGGUCCACAUCUCCUACGAAUCCCAGUGUGGCGGUCCCAAGAAGAGGGAGGGUGAGACUGGGGAUCGGGGCCAGUGCAAUCACGUCCGAAUCAACCAGACGGUGAAUUUCUGGGUUACUCUCCAAGCUGCCCACUGCUUCACAGAGCCCCAGCUUCUGAGGUUCCGGGCCCUUGGCUUCUCCGAGGAGCUGACUGUGGAGUUGCACACACUGUGUGACUGUAACUGCAGUGACACCCAGCCUCAGGCUGCCCACUGCAGUGAUGGCCAGGGGCACUUGCAGUGCGGGGUGUGCAGCUGUGCCCCCGGGCGUCGGGGUCGGCUCUGUGAGUGCUCUGAGGCUGAGCUGUCCUCCCCGGAUCUGGAAUCUGGGUGCCGGGCCCCCAAUGGGACAGGCCCUCUAUGCAGCGGGAAGGGUCGGUGCCAGUGUGGACGCUGUAGCUGCAGUGGACAAAGCUCCGGGCGUCUAUGCGAGUGUGAUGAUGCCAGCUGUGAGCGACACGAGGGCAUUCUCUGUGGAGGCUUUGGGCGCUGCCAAUGUGGAGUAUGUCACUGUCAUGCCAACCGCACGGGCAGAGCCUGCGAGUGCAGUGGGUCCGUGGACAGUUGUGUCAGUUCUGAAGGAGGCCUCUGCAGUGGGCAUGGACACUGCAAAUGCAACCGCUGCCAGUGCCUGGACGGCUACUACGGUGCUUUAUGUGAUCAGUGCCCAGGCUGCAAGACACCAUGCGAGAGACACAGGGACUGUGCAGAGUGCGGAGCCUUCGGGACUGGUCCCCUGACCACCAAUUGCAGCAUGGCUUGCGCCCAUGCCAACGUGACUCUGGCUUUGGCCCCCAUCCUGGAUGAUGGCUGGUGCAAAGAGAGGACCCUGGACAACCAGCUAUUCUUCUUCCUGGUGGAGGAGGCCGGAGGCAGGGUGGUGUUGAGAGUGAGACCCCAGGAAAAGGGAGCAGACCACACCCAGGCCAUUGUACUGGGCUGUGUAGGGGGCAUCGUGGCAGUGGGCCUGGUGCUGGUCCUGGCUUACCGGAUCUCAGUGGAAAUUUAUGAUCGCCGGGAAUACAGUCGCUUUGAGAAGGAGCAGCAGCAACUUAACUGGAACCAGGACAACAAUCCUCUCUACAAAAGCGCCAUCACGACAACCAUCAAUCCUCGCUUUCAAGGAAGAGAGAGUCCCCUUCUCUGACUGGGGGAGGGACACUCGCCUUGGGGCUCUUCUCUCUGGGACAAGGGGUAUUUUGUGGGAUGGCAGGGGUCUAUCAGGCAGCAGCCUGGCAGGGAACCCGUCCAUUGCCAAGGGGCAGUUUCCACCUUACUUUAUUUUCAGAGAUACCCAAGAGGGCUGCCUCCUACUGCUGAGACUUAGCUUUCCUACCUCACAAGGAGUGGGCGUUCCCUCCACCCAAGUGUACAAUAAAGUCGUAUCUCAGACCUCAGCUGUCAUUUUGCUCUACCCCACCAAGGCCAAAGCAGGCUAGUUAGCCUGGGCCUCCGGAAAACCCUGUUCAUUCCCCCUCCAGCCACUGAGGGCAUAAAGAGGUUUUCAAAAUUCAAUGUGCUGAAUCAUGAAACAGGCUGAUUCACCAGGUCUGGAAUGGGUUGGUGAAUUCACUUCCCAGGUAUUUCUGAUGCAUGAGGGAUACAAACCACAUACUGAGAAUUACCAGAUUUGCUGAUUAUCUAACCUCAUUCCGUCUUGCUGUACACAUUUUCUCACUUGUUCAGAAUCAAUGCUCUUUAUACCUACUUACUGCUCCUCUGUAGGAUGGGAGACAGUUUUAAAACAGUGGUCUGUAGGGUGUUCAAAGUUGUGUGGUGGUCACAUUUGGGGGGGAUGAAGGAAACCACUCAGGCCCCAGUGAAAAGCUUCCCCAAAGUCUGUUUCCCCCAAAGAGGAGAUAAUAUGUAGAAAAGCCCCAUUUUCUUUUUAUUAAAUAUCCUAAAUAUAUCACAAAGGAACAUACACUGCACUUUAAUGGUAAAAAGAUACAAGUUUAUAACAUCUUAUAAAAACUACCAUUUAAAAGUGAUCUUGUUCAUUUGAUACUCCCCUCCCCCAAUAGCAAAAUAAGUAUAUUAAAAAAAAAAAAAAGGGUAGAGAGGAAGGGUAGGAAGGGGA